UUGGACGCUUAACUGACUGAACCACCCAGGGCACCCCUCUAAGUAUGUUUUUUUACUUAUAAAUAUGUAUUCUCUUACAUGUGUCAUUUCCCCCUCUUAUACCCAUUUAUUAUUUUUACUGUAGUUGGCCUACAAUAUAUUAGUUUCAGGUGUAUAACUUAGCGAUUCAACAAUUAUAUACAUAAUGAAUGUUUACCAUGAUAAGCUCAGGUAUCAUCUGUUGCCAUGGAAAAUUAUUAUUACCAUAUUAUUGACUAUAUCUCCUAUGUUGUACUUUUCAUCCCCAUGGUUUAUUCCAUGAUUUAUUUAUAGUUGGAAGUUUGUAUUUGUACUCCUUUACUUUUUUUUUUUAGUUGUGGUAAGAUAUACAUAAUAUAAAAUUUACUGUUUUAAGUGUACAGUUCAGAAGCAUUGAGUACAUUCACAUUGUUGUGUGACCGUCACCACUCUUCAGAAAUUUUUCAUCACCCCAACCCAUUCACUUUUUUUUUUCUUUUUACAAAGAGAAUGAACUUUUUUUUUUUUUUUUUAAGUAAGCUUUACGCCCAAUGUGGGGCUUAAACCCAUAACCCUGAGAUCAAAAGUGGCAUGCUCUACCAAAUGAGCCAGCCAGGCACCUCUUAAUUAUAUGUAAAAUAUAAUUUUACUCUUAAUUAUUUAUGUAAUUAUAUGUAAAAUAUAUAUGCAUCCAGCCUUUUUAUCAUUUUUAAAAAUCUUCUCACUGUAUAGACUUUUAUUGACUGUAACAUAUAGGUAUAGACUUUUAUUAACUGUAGCAUUUUCAGACAUUAGAAUAUAUUCUCUAAAUACGCACACAUAAAUGCCUUUUUAUGGAAGUUUUAUUUAAUCCUGACCCAGUAUUUUCUGAGUUAUGUUCCAGGCAGAGGGGGCGGGGAGUGGGGGGGUGGGGAGGAUCUAUAACAAAUAAAUUUGGCAAAUUUCUGUUAAGCAGCUGUCUUCAUUGUAGAACUCUUAGAGCUUUGAAUGUGAUAAUACCCAUUAUGUGUGUAUAAAAUGCAAAUAUAAUUUUGUGAAUUUAUUAAUCCAGUGUAUACUUUUUUAGUAAGUAUGGGACAUAAUACAAUUUGAGAAACAUUGCUUGAAUAUUACUCGAAGGUUGAAAAGAACCAUGGUAUAAUUAGACGUCUUGAAAUUCUUUUCAGGAACUUAUUAUAUACCUCUAUAUCAUUUUAGCUAAGUAAUGAGCCUUUUCAUUUACAUUUUACGUGGGGAUUGUAGGGGGAGAAUUUUCUGCCACAGUGAUGGAUAAAUGUAUUCCUGAGUAAGUAGCAUAAUAUACUGAAAAUCAGAUGGCUUUUGGAGACCCAGUAAUGCAGUUUACUAGAUGCAACUUGGGACAAGUUUCUUACCUCUUAGGCUUCAUUCUUCUCAUUUGUAGGAUGGAAAUUAAUUGGUCCUACCUUGUAAGGAGGAUGGUGUGCGUAAGCAUUCUCCCUGCUCCUCACCCCUGCCCCAACAUGCUGAACUAGAAGUUGAAAUUCACGAUAGGAUCUUGUAUAUUAAAGCAAGUGAAAGAUUACAUUAAACAGUGUAGCAAAUGCCAGGAGAAGCUAGAUCGGUCCCGUCCAAUAUCAGAUACUUCAGAAAUGUUAGAAGAAUUGGGACUAGACCUUGAGUCUGGAGAAGAAAGUAAUGAAUCAGAGGAUGAUCUGAGCAAUUUUACUUCAGCUCCAACUGCAGCCUCCAAGCCUGCAAAAAAGAAGCCAGUGUCCAAACAUGAACUUGUAUUUGUUGACACCAAAGGAGUGGUGAAACGUUCUUCUCCAAAACAUUGUCAGGCUGUCUUAAAGCAGCUCAACGAACAGAGACUCUCCAACCAGUUCUGUGAUGUUACUUUGUUAAUUGAGGGAGAGGAGUACAAAGCUCAUAAAUCUGUUCUGUCAGCUAAUAGUGAAUAUUUUCGAGAUCUUUUUAUUGAGAAAGGAGCUGUUUCCAGUCAUGAGGCAGUGGUGGAUCUUUCUGGUUUUUGUAAGGCAAGCUUCCUUCCUUUAUUGGAAUUUGCCUACACUUCUGUGCUAAGUUUUGACUUCUGUAGCAUGGCUGAUGUAGCCAUCCUGGCUCGUCAUCUUUUCAUGUCGGAAGUUUUAGAAAUCUGUGAGAGUGUGCAUAAACUAAUGGAAGAGAAGCAGCUAACAGUAUAUAAGAAGGGUGAAGUACAAACAGUUGCAUCCACCCAGGACUUACCAGAACAAAAUGGAGGCACUGUGCCUCCUGUGGCUAGCAACGAGGGGACCACAACAACAUUAUCUACUGAACUUGGGGAUUGUGAAAUUGUACUAUUGGUGAAUGGAGAAUUGCCAGAAACUGAGCAGAAUGGAGAGCUAGGACAGCACCCUGAACCCCAGGUUUCUUCAGAAGCUGAAGCCACUCUGUCACCUGCAGGCUGUAUAACUGGUUCCCAUCCUGAAAUGGAGUCUGUUGAUUUAGUAACAAAAAAUGAUGAGACAGAAGUAGAAACUUUAAACAGAGAAGAUAGCGCACCUUCUGAUAUUAAUCCCAAACUUUCAAAAGAGAAUGUGAUCGGUAACUCUCCAGAAAACGGUGAUAUGGGAAAUGACCCAUCAAGUGAAGAUAUCUGUGCUGAAGACAUUCCAGAGCAAAUGCAGAACCUUAGCCAGUCUUUAAAAGAUCAGGAAAAUCUAGUUGCACUGACAGCAAAGCCAGACCUUAGCACUGAUGAUGAAACUUACAGAAGCAGACUUCGGCAGCGUUCUGUUAAUGAAGGGGGAUAUAUCCGACUACACAAAGGAAUGGAGAAAAAGCUACAGAAACGGAAAGCCAUUCCCAAGUCAGCAGUUCAACAGGUAGCCCAGAAAUUAGUUCAAAGAGGGAAAAAAAUGAAACAGCCAAAAAGGGAUACAAAAGAGAAUACUGAAGAAGCAGCAUCCCAUAAAUGUGGGGAAUGUGGAAUGGUUUUUCAGAGACGAUAUGCCCUUAUAAUGCAUACACUGAAACAUGAAAGAGCUAGAGACUACAAAUGUCCGUUGUGUAAAAAACAGUUUCAGUACAGUGCCUCCUUGCGAGCACAUCUUAUUCGACAUACCAGAAAAGAUGCACCCACUUCAUCUUCUUCCAAUUCCACGUCUAAUGAGGCAUCAGGAACAUCGUCUGAGAAGGGGAGAACCAAACGAGAAUUUAUAUGUUCCAUAUGUGGAAGGACAUUACCUAAAUUAUAUUCUCUUCGAAUACACAUGUUAAAGCAUACAGGUGUAAAGCCACAUGCAUGCCAGGUCUGUGGAAAGACUUUCAUCUAUAAACAUGGUCUAAAAUUGCACCAGAGUCUCCAUCAAUCACAAAAGCAGUUCCAGUGUGAACUAUGUGUUAAGUCAUUUGUUACCAAACGGAGUCUUCAAGAACAUAUGAGUAUUCACACAGGAGAGUCCAAGUACCUUUGCUCAGUUUGUGGAAAGUCUUUUCACAGGGGCUCUGGCCUCAGCAAGCACCUAAAGAAACACCAGCCAAAGCCUGAAGUUCGAGGCUAUCAUUGUACUCAAUGUGAAAAAAGUUUCUUUGAAGCUAGAGAUCUUCGUCAGCACAUGAACAAACAUCUUGGUGUGAAGCCAUUCCAGUGCCAAUUUUGUGAUAAGUGCUAUAGUUGGAAGAAAGAUUGGUAUUCCCAUGUGAAGUCUCAUUCUGUCACUGAGCCUUAUAGGUGUAAUAUAUGUGGCAAAGAAUUUUAUGAAAAAGCAUUGUUCAGAAGGCAUGUAAAGAAAGCUACCCAUGGAAAAAAAGGAAGAGCGAAGCAGAACCUGGAACGGGUAUGUGAACAAUGUGGAAGAAAAUUCACUCAGCUAAGAGAGUAUAGGAGACACAUGAACAACCAUGAAGGAGUUAAGCCAUUUGAAUGCUUAACAUGUGGAGUAGCUUGGGCUGAUGCCCGAUCUCUAAAACGCCACGUCAGAACGCAUACUGGUGAACGGCCCUACGUCUGCCCUGUAUGUAGCGAAGCCUACAUAGAUGCUCGAACCCUCCGUAAACAUAUGACUAAAUUCCACAGAGAUUAUGUGCCUUGCAAAAUUAUGCUGGAAAAAGAUACCCUUCAGUUUCAUAACCAAGGAACUCAAGUGGAGCAUGCUGUUAGUAUCUUAACAGCAGACAUGCAGGAACAAGAAAGCAGUGGUCCUCAAGAACUUGAGACUGUGGUCGUGACAGGAGAGACCAUGGAAGCGCUCGAAGCCGUGGCAGCUACGGAAGAGUGUCCAUCAGUAUCUACGCUUUCUGACCAAAGUAUUAUGCAAGUGGUUAAUUACGUGUUGGCACAACAGCAAGGACAGAAGCUGUCUGAAGUUGCAGAAGCGAUUCAAACUGUCGAAGUAGAGGUGGCACAUAUUUCAGAAACAGAGUGAAUAUAGUCUUGGAGAAAAAAAGAAGGGUCCUAGCAUUGUAUACUGAACUCACAGAACAUUUGUUUACAGUACUGUGCAACUGUCUGCCUAGAGCCUGUAUGUCAAGGCUCUGGGCUCUUGGGUGAGGUUUUAACACUUCUAAACGAUUUGUCUGGCUGAUAGGUUCUGUUGAAAAGUCCAUUUACUGUAAAGAAGUUGAAAACAAAUGUACUUGAUGGCAUUGGUUUAUCAUGGUGUACUUUUUAUGAAUUGAUGUUUAUAAAGGACUGUACUAAAUUAAAAACUGUAUAGUUUCACUUGCAUUUUGACAUGAACAUCUACUUUGAGUUUAAAAGGCUGUACUAGUCAGAUUUUCUUCUUUUAUUCUCAAAAUAGGUUCUGUGAUUUCAUUUGCCCUGUUUAUAGGUCUAAAAAAAUUCUAAUAUAAAGCAUUUUAGUAGGAUGCAUAGGUACAUUACAUUUUUAAAAUGCUUCAGGUCUGUGAUUCUUGACUUACUAUUUAUUUUAACCCCUUAUAAGUCAGGGAUUUAUUCUGUUUUAAAGCACUUAAUGAGUUACAUGUUGUAAUCAAGUUUGCACAGUAUACUUAUCUAUAUGGGGAGCCCUUAAAUACAUAGCUGAUUUUUAAAAUGCAUGAAAUGCCUAUUAAAGCCUUACUAUAUACUAUCUCUUCAAGGCAAGUAAAUUGACCACGAGCAAAGAACACUGUUAUUAAACACUGUUGAUGGGAAAUUUCUUCUUGAUAACAUGGGACAAUAAAUGGAAAAAAAAAAAAUCUCAUUCUUUUGCUGAAAGAUUGAACAAGUUAAAACUAGAUUUGGUAUGUUUGCAGCUUUUGUAUCAUGUUUAAUUAUUCAAUUUUGUUGAAAAACUGCAAUUUAGAAAUAGGAUAGCAAUAUAGACAUCUAAAGCGGUCCUGAGGAUACCAUAUAAUUGUUGAGUAACUUCAGAAUAGUGAAGUCUUCACUUCAGCCCUCAUUAUAGUAUACUACUCAAAGAAAUUGAUUAUGGUCCACCAAAUUGUUGGAAGUAAAUUAUUUUUAAAAGUACCUGUGAAUUAUAUUAAUUUGUGUGUUUGAUUUUUAAAUUCCCACUUCUAGAAGCUAUCCAGUUUUCUGAUUUUCAAAAUAACCAUAGGGAGAUGCCACAUUUCUCUCCUGUGGGUAGCUACCACUCAAACUAUAAUUGUUAAAAUUAAACUUUUUAAGUAUUAGCAGCUAAUAUAAGGUAUAAAAUGAAAAUAAAAGCAAAUCACAUGUAAAUCAUUCCUAAAGCACAAGAAAAGAAUGUGCCUUGAUGUACAUAUAUUAUUAAGAUACUUAUUCCAGUUUACUUUAAGAAUAGCUUAAAAGAUAAAGAAUAAAUGUGAUGCCAUGCAUGCGUUCUACCUGCAUAUGUAAUAUUUGCAUUUGCAAAUUUCCCAUUGUCUCUAUAGCUGUGUGGCUGACUUUUGAAUUUUAAAUGAAUUGACAUACAGUCUAUAACUUUACAAUGGCUGCUUGUUUAUUGUAUCUUUCAGUUAGUGAAAAUGUGUUUCAACCUGACUAAAAUUUGGAAUUGUGUCUUUUAUGUUCCAUCCUCACUGUUACUAGAUUUAGUUAAUUGUAUAAGACCGUUGAUGUAUGUCAAAAAUAUGUAAAUAAAACAUGUCGAAUCUUGUUUAAAAGCAUAA